CUUCCUUCCAAACUCAGGCUCUGUGAUCAUUUAUAGAUCUUUCUCGGUUUUCUUUUCUUUUCUUUUUAAAUAUUUCACUUGUGAAGUCUAACAUACAUAUAGAAAAGCACAUAAAACUUACAUGUACUGUUUGUCAAGUGGUUAAAAAGUGAUUGCCAGUGUAACCGCCACACAGGGCAAGAAAUGAAAUGGUGCUGGAUGUGUCUCAUCCGGCUACAACUCCCCACCCCCCGUCACUGACCACUAUCCUGAUUUAUGCUAGCCAAUCCCUUGCUUUUCUUGAUAAAUUUACCUCCAACACUGUUGCCAUCUGCAUAUGCACCCCUAAACUGUGCACUUUUAGCUGUUUCUUUGCUUUAUGUAAGUAUCUGUACACUGUGUAUUUCUUUGGUGCCUUGCUUUUUAAAACUUCAAUAUUGUGAUUGUAAAAUUACCCCUGCUGUUGUAUUAGUUGUAGCUUAAUUUUCAUUAUUGAAUAAUAUUCCAUUAUAUGAAUUUAUCUAUUUAUGUACUAAUGGGCGUUUGGGUUAUUUCUAAGUGGAGAAUAUUAUGAACAAUAUUUGGAUCUGUGUCCCGGUGCAGGAUAUCCAUGCCUAGGCUAUAUGUCUAGGAGUGUAAUGGGUGGUUUAUUUAAUGUUAUUUAAAUAUUUAAACAUAAUUUUCUAAGUAGCAUUUUUAUUAUCUCAUAGUUGCAAUAACCAUCAUUUCAUUGGAUACAUAAUCUUUCAUUUGUGCCUAAAUUUUACAGCCUGGUCUUUUGUAAUAAAUGUACUCCUCCACUUUCUAACUUGCUCAUAAAAGUAAUACAAAGUCUGAAAACUUAUAGAAUUCAUAGCAGACACACAAGUGCAUGGGUUAUGGUCUUACAUAAACAGUUGUCAUAGAAGAUACUGAAACAAAUAUAUUUAAAAUAAUUUUUAGGGAAGUUUUUAAUUGAGUGGUGUUUGACUUAUAACACUGCAUAAGUUUGAGGUGUACAACAUAUUGAUUUGAUACAUUUAAAUUGCAGUAUGAUUGCCAUAGUGGUAAUAGCUAACACCUUUAUCACAUCACAUAAUUAUCAUUUCUUCUAGUAUUGAAAACAAUUAAAACCUGGUCUCUUAGCAAGUUUAAUGUUUAUACUAUAGUUUUAUUGUCCAUAAUCACUGUACUGUGUUUUAGGUUUCCGAACUUACUUAGUAGUUCCAAGUAACAUCUCUCCCAUUCUGCCACCCCCUGAGAAUUGUUGUUUAAAAAGUAUGGUGAAUGUUUGCCCUUCCAGGAAAAUCCUAGAAUUCGCUUAACCUUUCUGUUAAAGGUUCAGUUUUUAGCUGUACAAUUCUGUGAUAAAUUAGACUUUAACUGUCAUAUUUUCCAAAGUCCACUCUUUGAGCUCUCCUUCCUGACUUCUUUGAGAGUAAUUUUAGAGUUUCUCCAAGUAGGCUCCCUGGUCCUCCACUUCAUACACAACCUCACUAUCCAAUAAAACCUUUUAAUGUGCUUUGACACAGGAACCAAGGUUGCUAAGAGACCACCUGUGCUGAAUGCACUUUGUUCUAGCAAAAGCUUAUGGAGAGAAAACCAAGGAGCUGUGUUAUCUACCACUACCCGGGAUUAAGUCAGGAAUGGGGCUGGUUACUACAGAAAUUAACCAAGGCUGCUACGAUGGAAGAAGGGAGCAAGAGCAGCCUGGAUAUGACGUGUAAAAACUGGAUAUUAAUGUCUCCUACUCCUCCCACAAGUCUGAAGGAUGAAAUUGUUGGAAGACUCCUAAAAAUUUUAUUUGUUAUCUUUGUUGACUUUAUGUCUAUUAUAUAUGUUGUUAUAACUUCCUAGAGAGCCUACUUUCCUUACUUUACACUUAAAUUUCACAUUAAUUUUGGUGAAUAAAAAUUUGGAGUUUAAUAUGUUGA